UCGCAAUUUGUACUUCCGGUGCUUAAUGUUUCGCAACAAGGCUACAGGAAUCGAGUACACCCAGGCAUCACGUUUACAUAAAAGCAGUAAGUUUCCGAAUCAGUCCGCGUGUUUUGUAUUUAUACGCAGAGCUGGUAUUUAUGGCAAAGAGACGCGCUGAUGAAACCGCGCUCCACGACUCUCCCUCCAAAAAAUGCUACCGAUCACUUCACAGUGUUGACGUGCAGCUGCAGCGCAGGCUGCCGCCCCGGGGCGAGAGCCUGGCUCCGCCGCCUUUGCUGGCUUUGUUGGGCCGCCGCUGCGGAAAGAGGCCGCGUUGCUUCGAAGACACAGCCAAAGAUGAAACAGAGGCAGAAGCAGCAGCUCAUGGCGAAGUCGCUCACCGCGACGCUAGGGAACAUGUGGCAGAUGUUUCAACCGUGCAAACUUCUGGAAGUUUCGAGGAGACAUCCAGGACAUUCACAAGUCACAAGAAACGACACCGAGAGGACGCCGUGUGUCCAAACACCGUGUUUACAAAAGCUAAAGACGAAGUAAGUUCCGAUGCAGACACAAACACUGAAGACUGCACGUUUAACUCCUUCCAAUACUGGAGGGCCCCCCUGCCUGAACUCGACCUGUCGCUCCUCCAAGAUGCCUCCAGCCAUUCACAAGCAAACGACAAGGACGUCUCCUCUGAAGCCAUGGAGACCUGACGUUAACCAUCUGAUUGUCGCACAUGACUCGUCAGCAGCAUGUUGAGGUUGCUGGAAGUCCAUCCAGAUAAGAUGCAAAACUGUCAAGGUGGCGGUGGGAGACUGGCUCAGGUUGUAGUAAGGAAGUGAGCUGCACGCUGGUGCAAGUGAGAUGACUAAUGCAGCACCAAUGUGAGGAAUCUGUUCUACUACGGGGCAGUAGCAUGGUUUCAUUGUGUCCAUGUCCAUGAUUGAUGUACAAAUUAUGUUCUAAGUGGAGUUCAUGUAAAUGGGGUAAUAAAACUCCAUUCCUAUUGUUGUAAUUGUAUAAUAUUGUCGAGAAGUAUGGGAAGAGACCAUUUCAAUGUUUUUGUAUUUACAGUGAUGUCCUUUGUAGUAUUAGUUGUGUUUUUUAUGGUUUUUAUGCUGCACCCUGAGUGAGAAGGGUGCAGCGAUGCGUUCAGGGUUUAAAAAACACGUUAUGGAAGGUUCUCCUUUAUUGUAAGUCUCAUUACUGGGAUCUUGUCUGCAACGAUGGUGAAAUAACGUAUUCCUAUUUUUUAAAUUUGCUGUGAAUUAGACAUGUAUAUAAUUUAGGGGCUGCCGUGCCAUCAGUUCAUAUGUUGUGUGUUAAGACCAUGUUGUGAAUAAACCCGUACGUUUUGA